AUGACGAGAUUAUCAAAAGUUGUUGCGGGAUCAACAUUCGCUUCCGUUGUAUCUUCUCUAAGCCUCAACAUAGAAGACCAUGCCGCUAUCAAAGAGACCGCAGCCCAGAUAGCGAAGGGCCUCUACGUCUACCAUGAUCCCAGCUCCACUGCAGGUCAGUUCAAACAACCUGAGUCCUGGUUCUGGUGGCUCUCCGGCUCGGCAUGGAACGGUCUGGUAGAUUACACCGUGUAUACGGGCGACACGACCUACCAAGCCGACAUUCUCUCUUCGCUUGCAAAGAACGUCGGCCCCAAUUACGAUUUUGCCCCAGCCGAGCAAGCGGCGUGGGAGGCGAACGACGAUCAGGUCUACUGGGUCUACAACGCUUUGACAGCCAUGGAGUACAACUUCCCAGCCCUGCCGUGCGAGAGGUCUAAGACCAAAGCAGGCGGUGACGAUUGUGCCAACUCUUGGCUGGCCAUCGGCACGAACGCCUUUGAGGAGUUUGUGGCGCGCUGGAACAAAGACAGCGCAACCUGCGGAGGUGGGCUCAAGUGGCAAUUUACCGAGACAGCGAACGGCUAUUACUACAAAAAUUCCGUGUCUAAUGCCGGUUUCUUCCAGACCGCCGCCCGGCUCGCUCGGUACACCGGAAAUCAGACAUUUGGGGACUGGGCGGCCAAGGUCUGGGGUUGGUCUACGAGCGUCGGCUUCGUCAGUCCGGAUUUCCACGUGUUCGACGGUGCGGGCGAUGAGAAGGGCGCGAACUGUACGGCGAUCAACAAGGACGAAUGGAGCUAUAACAUUGCCUCUUACAUCCACGGCGCGGCCCAUAUGUAUGCCUUUACCAACAGUUCGGCCUGGGAAUCAAGAGUCCAGGGUCUAGUCCGCACAGCUCAGAAGACUUUCUUCGGCCCUACGUCCAACGCUACCGGCGUGAUGUACGAGCAGAAGUGCGAGCUGGACUCGGUGUGCAACAUCGACCAGACGAGCUUCAAGGCCAGCCUGGCGCGUUGGCUGGGAAAGACGGCAGUAUUGGUUCCUAGUCUAAAAUCGGACAUCAAAGCUUUGCUCGAGGCGACGGCUCAGGGCGCUGCUACUAGUUGCGCUGGUUAUGGCAAUGCUACCUGCGGUGUGCAAUGGUACACCGGCGGUUUCGAUGGCCAGUCGAAUUUGGGUGUCGAACUUAGUGCUCUAGAAGCAGUCCAGAGCCUUCUGGCGGCGAACGCACCGGAGUUUGCAGUUCGAUCUUAA